CCGAUCUACUGCGCAACUUCGUCUCUUGACAACGGGAAGAAAAGUUUCUUCUGAUAUCAUCUCAGGUUUUUCACCAUUUUCUUUACAUUUUCACCGCUUCUGGGAUUUUUUUAGGACCAAGAAUGGCGCACAUCGUCGCCAAGAAGGCGCUGGCAAAGCUGGCUGAGACCUGCUACCGAUCAACACACUUUACAAAGCAGGAGGUAGAAGGUCUCCUACAUGUGUUCCGGGACCUGCAGACGAGUAAGAAGGGGAAAGAUGAGAUGAAGAUGGACCGCGCCACUUUCCGGGAGGUGCUGCACUACACCUUCGCUAUGACAGACGACAUCCUCAUGGACAGAGUAUUCCGUGGCUUUGACCAGGACAACGACAGCUAUGUCAGCGCUCAGGAGUGGGUCCAGGGCCUGUCUGUCUUCUUACGGGGAACCAUGGAGGAGAAAAUGAAAUAUUGCUUUGAAGUGUACGAUCUAAACUCAGACGGCUACAUCUCCAGAGAGGAGAUGUUCUCCAUGCUGAAGAACACACUCGCCAAACAGCCUACAGAGGAGGAUCCUGAUGAGGGCAUCAAGGAUCUGGUGGAGAUCACCCUCAAGAAAAUGGACCAUGACCAUGACAGCAGACUGUCCUACUCAGACUACAAGACGUCUGUGGAGACAGAACCGCUUCUCCUGGAGGUGUUCGGGCCCUGCCUCCCAGCUGCUAAGCAAGUCCACGCCUUCACAGCGACAUUUUCUGACACUUGUACAGACUAUUACUGACCGAGAACAUGGAUGGAAGCACAACAACUUAAGGGACCAAGAACAUUUUACUUCUCCAAGAAUUUUGUAAAAAUGUUUAAAACUCAUUGGUAGAAGGUGCAGUGCCAUUUAUAACUGAGUACCUCUGUUACAACUGUUGUUUACUGCACUGUUAGAGUAGUAGAAAAGGUGUCAAAAGUGUUGUGAUACACAGAAUCUAAUAAUCAUUUGACGAGUGAUUUUAUUGCUUUCGAUGGAAGAGAAACAAAGUUCAGCAAUGUUUUCAUUGAAUACAAGCAGUAUAUGAGCUUUAUAGCAAGCAGUCUUAAAACAAUGAGAUUUAUUCAGAAAAAAUAUUAUAUAUUGGGUGUUCUUUAGAACUCGCCUUGUACAUUUGUAUGCAACUUACUACUUAAAAGUUUUAAAAAAUCAGUUUGUAGACUUGAAAAUUGUAUCAGACUUCUCUUUGUUCCUGAAGUCAGACUGUACAUAUGUUUGCUAUAGACGACUGGCAAGUCUAUUUUGAAUAAAUAUUUGUGGUUGAUGGUUGACCUAAA